AUGGCUGCACCGUCGCCAUGGCAAUGGCCAUCCAACAAAACUACAUUUUCUCUACAUUCCUCCAAUUUUCCCCAUUUCUAUAACUCCAAACGGCAUCGUAUUAUAGCAUGGUCUUCCAAUUUCUAUUCAUUUUCUUCUUCUGCGUGUUGUGCUGCUACAGAUCGUGGAAAAAAGAGAUUGAAAAAAUCGAAGGGUCCGAGUUUAAGUUUCAAAUCAUUGUUUGGAAGACGAGCAUUGUGGCGAAGAAUAUUUUUUGCAUCCAAGAAAGUGAGAAGCAUACUUUUGCUAAAUGUCAUCACUAUUAUCUAUGCUAGUAACAUUCCUGUUGUGAAGGAAGUUGAAGCAAUCAUUGAUCCUGAGGCCUUCACUGUUGUGCGAUUCGUUGUGGCUUCAUUGCCAUUUAUACCAUUUGUACUACAGGCUAGAGGUGAUGCCGAAACCCGUAAAGCAGGGCUAGAGUUGGGAUUUUGGGUCAGCUUAGGGUAUAUUAUGCAAGCACUUGGACUACUUACAUCUGAUGCUGGACGAGCAUCAUUUCUUACUAUGUUCACAGUGAUUGUUGUACCCUUGAUUGAUGGCAUGUUAGGAUCCAAGGUACCUGCUCUUACCUGGUUUGGAGCUCUCAUGUCUAUCGUUGGGGUUGGAAUGCUAGAGUCCAGUGGAUCACCACCAUGUGUUGGAGACCUGUUAAACUUCUUAAGUGCUGUGUUUUUUGGGAUUCAUAUGCUUAGAACUGAACAUAUUUCGAGAAGUACAAUUAAAGAAAACUACUUACCACUCCUCGGAUAUGAGAUAUGCACUGUUGCUCUUCUAUCAACUAUUUGGUACUCUAUGGAAACCUGGUUUGGGGGUGGCAUUCAAGAAUCAAAUAUAUCAUCUUGGACAUGGGCAACAUCUUGGCAUUGGAUUGCAACAUUUCCUUGGAUACCUGCACUUUACACUGGCAUAUUUUCAACAAGUCUAUGCCUAUGGGUAGAGAUUGCUGCCAUGUGUGAUGUUUCAGCCACAGAAACUGCAAUAAUUUAUGGGUUGGAACAAGUAUGGGGUGCUGCAUUUGCUUGGUUGUUACUUGGUGAGAGAUGGGGCAUUAGUGGAUGGAUUGGGGCUGCUCUUGUGAUAGGUGGAAGUUUAACCGUGCAGAUAUUUGGAGCCUCUUCUGACUCAAUGAGAGAAUACAAAAACAGUAAUAUAAAAAGUGAUGAUUUAUUGAUUUCUGACGAGCAAAAUGGUUUCCCUACACCUCCAGUUUCUGUCAACACCAGAAAGGAGUCAGCUGACUUAAUAAAGAAAUAA